AUGGCUCGCACACGCGUCGCUACCAACCCACAUCAAUCCAAGCCGAAGCGUCUGCUGGACCGUCUGAGGAACAAGAACCAGGCAAAGGUCACGACUUCGCAAUCCACCAACCCCAUCACCGGUACCACCACCACUACCCAAACGACCAAGACGCACCCCAAGGGCUACGGCCACCGCGGACACGGCGGAGAGGGGCCUAUGGCUUCCAACACCGAGACGCAUUACACGGGUGGCUCCGGCACCACCGGACGGCACCAGAAGAGGAAGCCGAGCAUGGUGAGUGAUUUCGACCGCUGGCAGGCAGUCUGUGCAAUGUUGGGAGAGAGAUCGCUGAUGAUGAUGAUGUUGUUUGUUGUUGUUGCAGGGCGAUAAGAUGUCUGGCGCCAUGAUGAAAUUGAGGGGAUCUCUGACCGGGCAGACGGGCAAGAAGGCUGCUGGUACGAGGCGGAUGCACGGCACGGAUGGCAAGGGAGGACAUCAUAAGAACACGGCGACUGUCGCUGCUUGA